GCUCUUCUUUUCUCUCUCUCUCUCUCUCUCCUGAUCUUUGAAGUUGAAGCAAAUAAAUCAAUAAAAGCCUCUGGUUAGGCAGUGCUAUAUACAUCUAUCCAUUCAUUCAUCUAUCCAUCACCAAAAAAAAAAAUCCAUCCCACAUAUUCAUACAAUCAUAAUUACAAUUACAACCACAAUGUCCUCCAUAACCACCACAAUCUCACACAUCCCCUCUGCCUCCGACACCGACGAGACCAAAUUCCUCACGCGCACGCGCACCCUGCGACACACGCGCCUCUGCCUCGCCAUCCUGACCGUAUCCAUCGCCAUCCCCACAAUCGCCUGCGAAGCCAUCGCCUACCACCACUACCGGCAGACGGCCUCCUACAGCCGCGUGUGGCUAUACCUCUGGCCGCUGAACCUCGAUCUGCGGCCCACCAUCGCCGUCCUGGCUUGUGGAUCCGUGAUCGCUUUGCAGAAUUUGAUCUAUGUUGUUGUGGCGUUGAUUCCUUCGCCUCACCCGCACAUCCGCCGCCUGAACCUCCUCGCCCUCAGCACCUCCCUCGCCGGCUUCCUCGCCGCCCUCAUCGGCCUGAUCUUCGUGAUCUAUCGACCGGGCGCGCACCAUCCCAGCGGGUUCGCGACCACAGAGACCCUGCAUUCGUGGACGUGUAAGUGGGAGGAGAUACGGUAUGGUGGGACUGCUGACUCUGUCUCGAAUGCUACCUUUAUCUCCACCUCCACCUCUACCUCUGUCUCUGGGUCUGCCUCUGGGUCUAAUUCCACCUCGAGCGGAAAUGGGAUUGUGGCCGGUAGUAGUGCGCCGUCGCACUUUCGUCGGGAUUGUGAUGUGACGCGUGCGGCGUUUAUCAUGUUGGGGGUGUUGUUGGGGUUGGAGAUUGUGAUGGGGGUGGUUGCUGGGGUGGGGGUUUGGGUGGGGAGGAGGGUGGAGAGGGAGAGGGAGAGGGAGAGGGGAAGCGGGAUGGGGAAGUCGGAGGUGGAGUUGGAGUUGGUGGAGGGGAGAGGAGGGAAGAGGGCUGGGGCGGGGGUUGAGGGUGGGGUGGAGAAGUAUCCUGGGACUUGA